UUCGGCUGGGCUGCGCGGCCUGCUGUUGCUGUACCGGCACUCUUGCUUAGCCGUAGUGAGCACACAGUCACACCGUGUGCAGGGUAUGCCAAGACAACCGAGCGGUCACGAGCAAAAAAGAACUGGAACGGAAAGGAUGCCAUCCAUGGGCUUGGCGGUCUUAAGGCUCGCUUCACACAGUGUGGUUAAGUCUUGGCCACUAUGGGGAACUGUGUGUCAAUCCGGGGUAUACGCGUGUAUUGAAUUGUGCUGGAGUGAGCGACCAACCUCCUUGCCUGCCUGCCUGUCUCGAAUCUCACCACAUGAUAGUUGUGUCUUGUACUGUACUGAGAGCUUCACUCAGUGUAGAGGAUCAUGCCCCAAUUUCGGCUAUCGGCAAUGCACCCAACUGUUACACAACAGAGGUCGGGACUUAUACGGCAAGUCUAUGAGCAAUGAGCCCAUGCAUCUUACGCACCAGGAUAAAUACAAAUCGAGGAUGCAGCCUCAGACUGCCCUCUUUUUCCAUGAUCAUGAAUUCUGGUACGAGUGCCCGUUUUCCCCGUCCCGAUGACGUCGAUACCCGAGAACACACUUGGUGCGCGGGACAACUGCC